CAGGUCCAUGCUGGGCAGAAUCCAGGCGCAGGCAUUCAGCUUCGACCAGACGUUCCAGCCCUACCAGAAGGAUGAUUUUGUCAUGGCUUUUUUCACCGACCCAAAUGUUAUUCCAAAUUUGCAGUUACUCUCAGAUUCUUCUGGACAGUGGAUCACAUUAGGAACUGAAGUGAAAAAAAUUGAAGCUGUAAAUGUUCCAUGCACACAACUUUCCAUGUCAUUUUUCCAACGGUUAUACGAUGAAAAUAUUGUACGAGAAAGUGGACACAUUGUCAAGUGCUUCGAUUCUUUCUGUGAUCCGUUUCUCAUUUCAGAUGAACUAAGAAAAGUUUUGCUCAUGGAAGACUCCGAAAAGUAUGAAGUCUUCAGCCCUCAGGAAAGAGAAGAGUUCCUGUUCUGUCUUUUUAAGCAUCUCUGCCUUGGAGGGUCCCUUUGUCAGUAUGAAGACAUGCUGAAGCCAUAUCUGGAGACAGCAAAGCUGAUCUACAAGGAUCUGGUGAGUGUUCGGAAACAUCCUCGAACCAAGGAAAUACAAAUCACCUCUUCUGUCUUUAAAGUGAAGGCCUACGACUCUGCUGGUGUGUGCUACCCUUCAGCUAAAGAGCAUGAGCAGACAUUCUCUUACUUUGUCGUGGAUCCCAUCAAGCGUCAUGUGAAUGUCUUAUACCACUGCUAUGGUGUGGGGGAGAUGGCCUAGGCUUAUGUAAACCAUCGUUAGUGCUGCCCCUUAGGCAUGGUAUCUCUGUGUCAGUAAUAAUGGAUGAACAGAUUUCAAGCAGAAAAAAGCAAACCCUGAAGUGUCUGUCCUACAUUUGCCCAGCACACUGAUGCAGGAACCCCUGACAGAACUGGACAAAGCAGAGAGGCACAGUGCAUGUUUUUUCUGUCAAGAUGUAGCCACACUCUCAGUUGCCUGUAUUUUAAAAUUGUUUGGGAGGCAGAGGCAGGGAGAUCUUUGUGAGUUCUAGGCCAGCUUGGUCUACAGAACAAGUUCCAGGACAGCCAGGGCUACACAAAGAAAUGCUGUCUUGAAAAGAAAAAGGAAAAAAAAAAGGAAGGUUUAUGUCUCUACAGUUGGGAAAAACAUGGAAUUCUUUUGCUUCAUUUUUUCCACUUAAAAUCCUCAAUUAAAAA